UAAACAUUUGAUGAAAUAGCAAAGCCUCAAAACUAAAACUCUUGGAGAAAAGACAGCAACGGAUCAAGACUCUCUCAGCUCUCAUGGCUCCAUUUCUGCUCCUGUUGCUCAUUCUCUCUGAAGCAGCUCCUGACCUGAUUGUGGUAACAGUUGAUCCUGGAGAUGAUGUCAUUCUGCCAUGUCAGGCUGCUGAUUCCUCCAUCAGUGCUGUAGAGUGGAGCAGAGAUGACCUGAAGCUACCAGAGUACGUCCUCUAUAACAUCGACGGUGACAUGGAAACAGACGACCAGCAUCCAUCCUAUAAGGACAGGGUGGAGCUGGUGGACAGACAGCUGAAGGACGGAGACGUGUCUUUAAUUCUGAAGAAUGUGAACAUCAAUGACACUGGAACAUACGAGUGUCGAGUUGCAUCAGCUGGCUCAACACGUAGGAAGAGAGGCAGUCUCGACAUUGACUCUGAGCCAAUCAGAACCAUCCGUUUGCAGGUUACAAAGCCAGGUCAGAAGAGUGCACGCCCCAAGGAUGGACACUCAAUGAAUGAUGUCCCUGAGGAUGGAAACUCCUCUCCUGUAGGCCUCCUCGUUGGACUGGCAGCAUGUGUUGCAGGUGCAAUGCUUCUUAUAGUUGUUGGUGUGGCUUUUGUCCUGAUAUAUGAAAGACAUAAGCACAGGAGGUCAGGAUGGCCUGCUGAUGAUGAUUAUAAUUCACUUAAUAUCACAAUACACAAUACACAAAAGACAAAAUAAAAUGAGAUAAAACUCAAAUGUUCUGUAAUUAUAUUGGCAUGUUAUGAAGUUUAUUCUCAUGAAUAAUACGAUAAACAGGACAAACAAUGU